UUUCGGUCCAUAUCCCUGUUUGACGUUGGAGUAACGGCGGUUACCACGGCUACAGCGCCCGCGAAACAGUCCAACGAGUUGCCGUAGUUGUGGAAGGCGAAUAUGACUGAAUGAAACUCCUGAGCUCCCAGUGGUGUAGAUGUCAGGUGUUUGUGCGGCCGGAGUUUUAUCGAAUACCUGUCGCACUGAGGCGUCAAGCAAGUAUUGGCAGCUGGAAGCUAGGUUAACUCAUAUGCUAGCAGGCCCCUUUAGCUGAGACGUUACCCCAGAGUCAGUGGGACAUGACCCUGCGCUUCGGACAGCAUCUCAUCAAGGCCUCGGCUGUGUUCCUGCAGACCGAGCUGUCAUUUGCUCUGGUCAACAGGAAGCCCGUGGUGCCGGGACAUGUGUUGGUGUGCCCUCUCAGACCGGUGGAGCGUUUUCGGGACCUCCAACCGGACGAGGUGGCAGAUUUAUUCAGCACCACCCAGAAAGUCGCCAACCUGGUAGAGAGACACUUCAACGCCACCUCGCUCACCAUCGCCAUCCAGGACGGUCCUGAAGCCGGACAGACCGUGAAGCACGUCCACGUCCACGUGCUGCCCAGGAAGAAGGGGGAUUUCGAGAGGAAUGACAGCGUCUACGAUGAACUGCAGAAGCACGACCGAGAAGAUGAGGACAGUCCCUCCAUGUGGAGAUCAGAGGAGGAGAUGGCAACAGAGGCUUCGGAUCUGAGGAGACAGCUCCAGGAUCCAUAAAUGGACAGUUUAUGUCAGGGUCAGCAGUGACUGGAAGUUCAUACACACACCUGACAUUAAUGUGAAACUGUAUCUGCUCACAUCUUCAUUGUUUUGUAUUUUGUAUUCUUUUAUUUUAUUUCCAAAACAAAAUGCAAAUAUAUAAAAAAAGUUUUCUCCAAUUUUUUUUCUUUGUGUGUUUACUCAUGGUAAAAACUAGAGUUACUUUCUAUUUUUUGCUGGUUUUGUUUCAUUAAAUGUUAAUAUUUGGUGCUGCUUUUCUAUGUUUCACUGUAAAUGGAACACCUUUGAAUUUAUGACUGCUGAUUGAACAAAAAAAACAAUCUGAAGACAGACAAGAAGCUGUGAUGAGCAUUUUCAGCAAUUUCCUGACAUUCAAUAGGCUAAACAAUCCAUCUUUUAAUUAAAGAUAAUUGUGUAAAGCUUUAGGGUGGAGCGUCACACCACAUUUGAAGAACAGGGUCCUGUAUUUCUAACAUUCCUUCUUAUUCCUUGCAUUUGUUGGUUUUUUGUUGGGGUUUGGCUGCUCUUUUCAUUCAGUCACAGUUCAGCUGGUCUGUGGGGCCCUCCCAGUUCUAACAGUUCACAACAUGCCCAGUGUCUUGAGCAAGGACGCUGUUUUAAGUGUAUUUGUACUAUUUAUGUCAACAUUCUCCAGGGAUGGUGUUCAACUUGCAGAAAUUAACAUAAUACAAUAUUGGUGGCCCUCUA